GCGUCUGCUAUGAUCAACCACAACCCCAUAGUGUCACAGACUCCCCCCAACACACAGCCAUCUAGUCAGCCGCAGCCUGUUGUGACUCAGACGCCAUCACAACCCACCAACCUCUCCUCGCCCAGAUCCAUCAACUGCUCGGUCCCUACAGCCACAGACUUCCUGCGGAACCAGCCUCCACCUCCCACAUUCCGGGGUGCUCCAGAGUUUACCCAGUCAUUCUUCACAAACGGACAUGGGGCAGCGUUAUUUAGGCCAGGUUUCCCCAGUUACCAACAUCCGGCCCAUCACCAUCCACCCAUGCUGCCACAUGGUCCUAUCACGGCCAACGCUACAACAAAUGGAGAAUUUGGACCUACAGACUUGAGCAUGAAAAAAUCCAGCAACAAGGGUCAGCUAAGUCCUUCAGAGGUGACCGCUAUCAAGCAGCUCAUUGCAGGCUACAGGGAGUCUGCGGCCUUUCUCUAUCGCUCAGCUGAUGAACUUGAGCAGUUGCUCUUGCAACAGAACUGA